CUUGAGGAGAUCAAUAAUGACAUGGGGUGACUGCCGAUCUUUAGUUUGUAUGUCGCGGGGAAUCUAUGGAAACCAAUUCAGGUUUUGACUAUGCUCGUGGCUGGAAUAAAAUCAACUUCAUGAUAUUGGGGAUGUGGCCCAAAACGAAUCUCAGGGGCUUCCGAAAGUAUCAUGCCCUAUUGAAUGCUAUCACAGUUUUUUCUCUACUCACACUCCCACGAUUGGCUGCACUUUAUUUAUUUUGGGGUGAGGUUGAUGCCAUGAUUCAAUGCUUUUCCACUCACAUGCCAUUCGCCAUUGGAAUUGUAAAGCUCGUCAUUCUGUAUCGACAACAACAAGCAUUGGGUGAGUUUAUGGAGGAGAUGGAGUGUGAUUGGAGGAGUCCUCUACCGAAGAAGCACCAGGAAAUGAUGAUGCCGAUGGCGAGAAUGAGUCGACAGAUUUCCAUUUUCUCUGGGCUAACAGUGUACAUGGCAAAUAGUUUCGGUGUUGUGGUACAAAAAUGGUAUAAUUUAGAGAGUGUCUACAUACAACAGCCAGAUUCUCGAUUGACACUGAAUCUCUUCUGGGUGGUUUUUUGGCCGGUGGAUACGAGCGAAAAUAUCAAUUUCGCGGUGGCUUUGCUCCUGCAAUUGUACACAUCUUUCACCGGAUCACUCGCGUACUUUGUGUUUGACAGUCUCAUCGCAAUGAUGACUCUUCAUCUUUGCGGUCAAUUAGAAUGUCUUCAACAGUCUUUUGGAGAGUUGUGCGAUCAUAACAGUUCCCACGAGGCUAAAAAAUUCGAGAGAGAUUUGAAAAAUAUUGUACAACGACACUAUAAACUUAUCCGAUUAACGAACAAUCUCGACGACUCCUUCAAUUUCGUACUCUUCUUGUCAUUCAUCGGAUGUACCUUGACAUUCUGCUUCCAAGGAUACGCCAUAAUAAGGCUCCUGGAUGCGGGGAAAUUGAAUUUUUUUCAAGUUGCUUUCUCCGUGACAGUCACUCUAGGUGCGAUAUCUCAUUUCUUCAUCUGCUGCUGGGUAGGAGAUUUUCUGAUAAUUCAGAGUGCAGCAGUGGGGCAAGGGUUUUACAAGAACCAGUGGUACAAGCUGUCGAACUGUCAGGCCCGAUCUCUGAUGAUAAUUGGUUUCAAGAACUUCAGACCCCUGCAAUUGACAGCGGGGAGAUUCGCCCCGAUCUCCCUCAAUCUGUUCCUGAACGUGAUCAAAUCAUCCAUGAGUUAUCUAUCAAUGCUGCUGGCAGUUCAGAAUAGAAGAGUUUAA